AUGGUAGAUUUAAAAACCGGUCUUGCUCAAUUCAAUAUUUAUACCGGAAUAUUGCUGAUGAUCAUUGGCAUAUUUGGAAAUAUUUCCAAUAUGGUCGUCUUUUGUAAAACGAAUCUUCAUCAUCCAACUACUUACAUACUGUUUUGUACUUCGUGUGCCAGUUUAUCGUAUCUAUCGAUAGGUUUGUUCACAAGAGUGAUUACCACUGGGUUUUUGAUUGAUUGGACGACAAUGAACAUGGGCUGGUGCCGAGCUCGCUUAUAUUUUGCUCAUGUGAUUGUGCUUAUUUCAGUUUGCUUCACGUGUUAUGCAUCAAUUAAUCAGUUCUUCUCGACUUCUCAGAAAGAAAAACUGCGUCGAUUGAGCAAUUUAACUCGUGCUCGAUGUGUAACGUUUCUUAUUGUUGUCACAUGCUUCUUACAUCAUCUCCCACUUACAAUAUUGGCACAACAGAUUCCCAAUGGAACUGGAGGUGUUGUUUGCAAUCCUGUGAUCAAUCCUUAUUUGAGAGGCUAUAUUUCAUACUUUAUUGUUCCGUUUGUAUUAUCUCUUAUUCCAGUUACUUUCUUAAUUAUUGUUGGUGCGUUGACAUACCGUAAUGUAAGUAUGUUACAAGGCGUCAAUUCGCGACAACGCACUCAACGUCAUCUCGUAUCGAUGAUUCUUCUCCAAACAGUUUCAAUUACUAUUGGAUCACUUCCAUAUGGUUUACAAAGCUUCUACUCGGCUAUCACGACAUAUGUAGUUAAAGAUAGUAAUCGAAAAGCCGUCGAAGAUGCCAUCUUCCAAAUUGUCAACACUACGUAUUAUAUUCCGCACGCGUUCUCGUUUUUUAUUUAUCUAAUUUCGUCAGCAACGUUUCGUGAUCAAGUGAAAACAAUUUUACAUUUACAUCCGAAAGAAAAUCGUGUGGCACCGUUUUUACCAACAGGUACUGGCUUACGUGAUAUUCACACAAAAAAAGAGCAUAUGCAUACAUUAACAUAG